CAUGUUUUGCCUCAAAGAGCAAAUGUGUAACUGGGUGUAUUAAAAUUCACCAGAUUAUAACAUGAGAAUAAUUAAAGUGUGCAGAGCUCGUCGCUCACACGUCUGCUCCUUGCAUGGCAUCACGUGACCUCGAGUGUUGCCAUGACGUGAUUUUAAUCUGUGCGCUGAAUGUUGGUAUCGGUUUUUGGUAUCGGAGCAUUUUUACGAGUACAAAUACAUGAGGGUGGUAUUGGACUUGAUUCCGAUACCGGUACCGGUAUGUUUGUAUAACAUUAAUUCCGGCUCAUAAAGCAUAUUAAAAACACAUCCAUGUAUACACAUUUUGGUAUGCACCUGUGCGUGCGCACACACACACACACGCACAUACACACACACACACACACACACACACGCACCUCGGAGCUAUUGAUGGAGUUUAUGUAUCCAUGCAGAGAUUGCUUAUCCUCCAGCAUGGGUUGGUUAUGUUUUAGAUGAGCUUUUAGGUUAGUUGUAGCUAAUAUCGGCCGAUAUUAGCCUUUCACUGAUAUAUUGGUAUUGCCGUAUAUUUUACCGAUAUGCGCCGCUAUGAAAACUUUUUUUCAGAACGUAUAAUGCAGAAAACUGCUUUAGAAUUGGUGUCAUAGUGUAGUUUGUCCAGCAGAGCUCGAGCCGACUCCAUUGUUUACAGAGCUGACUCUGAACAGUACUACUGAUGUUUAUUUCGCUAUUUAUUUAUUUUUUAUUUUUAUUUAUACUUUAUUUUAAUGGUCAGCCAUUGACUGAUACUAAACAGUACUGAUGUUAAGCUAUUUAUUUUAUUUUUAUUUAUUUUUUAUUUUAAUGGUCAGCAUUUGACUGAUACUAAACAUACAGUACUAAUUUUUAUUUUAUUUUAUUUAUUCUUUAUUUUAAUGGUCAGCAAUUGACAUAUACUAACAGUACUGAUGUUUAUUAAGCUAUUUAUUGUAUUUUUAUUUAUUCUUUAUUUUCUCAGUGUUCAUUUCUACAAUUUGUUGACAUUGUAUAAUAAUAAUGUCAAAUGUUCUUUGAUAAAAUAUUUGUUUAAGAAAGCAGCCUUCUGAGUACAUUUGCAUAGUCAUAUCGGUUCAAAAUUAGUGUACAAUCCACAUAGAAAAGGUCUGUUUUCAUUCCAGCUCAAAAAUUAGCUGUAUCGGUCACCUUAUCGUUAAUUGGUGAAUUUUCCCUCUCUAAAAUCGGUAUCGGUCUCAAAAAUCCCAUAUCGGUCGGGCUCUAGUUAGUUGUAUUGCCACUGUUUAAAAACAAAGUCGGCUCAUUCACGUUAAUGGGCUCUCCUCUCUCAUUCGGCUUCAAGGAAUAGUUCACCCAAAAAUGAAAAUUAGCUGAUGAUUUACUCACCCUCAGGCCAUCCAAGAUGUAUCUGAGUUUCUUUCUUCAUCAAAACAGAAUUUAAGAUUUUUAGCCUCCUCCUUCAAACAAUGCAAGUGAAUGUACUCCAUUUUUUUUGAUGGUCCAAAAUGCAUAUUUAGGGUGCAUCAAAAUAAUCCACACGACUCCAGUCAAUAAAUAAAGUUCUUCUGAAUCCAAACAAUUGAUUAUUUUUAGAAACAAAACAAUACUUAUAUACUUUUUCGCUUCCGUACAUCUCUGUGACACGCGAUCAUGAGAGGGAUGACGUAAGCUCGUUGGUAAGGUCACGUGCCACGUGGAGGAGGAGUCAGGAAGCACGCUAAAAAAAGAUAAAAUGUUGGUGACAUUCAUUCUUAUGUAAACAAACAUGCAUACAAACACAAUGGGCAAUAUUGAGGUCAGUAAAAAUUAUCAAGGUCAUGUCCAUAUAUCGUACAAUAAGUCGAUAACGUAAUUAUCGUGACAGGCCUACAGCCAUCCCAUCUGAUGUUCAUUCAUGUUUUGUUUCUCUUGUUGUAAUUUGUAAUUAGGAGCAGCGCUGAUUGGAGGAGAGCCCGUUUGAACGGUUUGCUUCCGAUUGAAUUGACAGCUGAAGUGAUUUCACACAACACAUUAAAGCACAUAAAAACAACAUUUCUAGUUUUAAUUUCAUGAUAACAUUGACAUGAAUGGGCAUCAGAUGAUGGAUGAGCCGAUGGAGGAGGAGUCCUACACACACUGUGAUGAGGGGCCUUAUAAAGAGAUCCCCAUCACUCAUCAUGUGAAGGAGGGCUGUGAGAAGGCUGAGCCCAGCCAGUUUGAGCUGCUCAAGGUUUUGGGGCAAGGCUCCUUUGGGAAGGUGUUUCUGGUGCGGAAGUUAAUGGGUCCAGACGCUGGUCAGCUGUAUGCAAUGAAAGUGCUCAAAAAGGCAUCUUUAAAAGUGAGGGACAGAGUUCGCACGAAGAUGGAAAGAGAUAUUCUGGUGGAGGUCAAUCAUCCUUUCAUUGUGAAGUUGCACUAUGCCUUUCAGACAGAAGGGAAACUCUAUUUAAUUCUGGAUUUUCUCAGGGGUGGGGAUGUAUUUACGCGUUUAUCCAAAGAGGUUAUGUUUACAGAGGAGGAUGUGAAAUUCUACCUUGCAGAGCUGGCCCUUGCAUUGGAUCACCUACAUAACCUAGGCAUUGUUUACAGAGACCUGAAGCCUGAAAACAUUUUGCUUGAUGAAGCUGGACAUAUCAAAUUAACAGACUUUGGGCUCAGUAAAGAAUCCGUAGAUCAGGACAAAAAAGCAUACUCUUUUUGUGGCACUGUGGAAUAUAUGGCCCCUGAGGUGGUCAACAGAAGAGGUCACACACAGAGUGCUGAUUGGUGGUCUCUGGGCGUACUGAUGUUUGAAAUGCUGACCGGAACAUUACCAUUUCAAGGAAAAGACAGGAACGAGACAAUGAACAUGAUUCUCAAAGCAAAGCUGGGAAUGCCACAGUUUUUAAGUUUGGAAGCACAAAGUCUUUUACGAAUGCUCUUCAAAAGAAAUCCAUCAAAUCGUUUAGGGGCAGGUCCUGACGGAGUGGAGGAGAUUAAACGACAUGCAUUUUUCUCUAACAUAGACUGGAAUAAAUUGUACCGGAGAGAACUUCAGCCUCCGUUCAAACCUGCCGCAGGGAAACCAGACGACACAUUCUGCUUUGACCCAGAAUUCACUGCCAAAACUCCCAAAGACUCACCAGGCAUUCCUCCCAGUGCUAAUGCUCACCAGCUCUUCAAAGGCUUCAGUUUUGUAGCUCCAGCAUCAUUGGAUGAAAGCAAAAAUGCCCCUCUAGUCAGCAUCCUCCCCAUAGUUCAGAUGCAUAGCGGCUCAGCUCAGUUCUCUGAUGUGUACGAGUUGAAGGAGGAUAUCGGUGUGGGCUCAUACUCCAUCUGCAAACGCUGCAUUCACAGAGUGACUGCCAUGGAGUUCGCUGUCAAGAUUAUUGACAAAAGCAAGCGAGACCCGUCAGAGGAGAUAGAGAUACUGAUGCGGUACGGACAGCAUCCCAACAUCAUCACACUAAAGGACGUGUAUGACGAGGGUCGUUUGGUGUAUCUGGUGACGGAGCUGAUGAAGGGUGGAGAGCUGCUGGAUAAGAUCCUCCGGCAGAAGUUCUUCUCGGAGCGAGAGGCCAGCGCUGUGCUCUACACCAUCACCAAAACUGUGGACUACCUGCACUGCCAGGGGGUGGUGCACAGAGACCUGAAGCCCAGUAACAUCCUCUACGUGGAUGAUUCAGGAAACGCAGACUCCAUCCGCAUCUGUGACUUUGGCUUUGCUAAGCAGCUGAGAGGAGACAACGGGCUGCUGCUCACUCCCUGUUACACGGCUAACUUUGUGGCUCCUGAGGUACUUAUGCGGCAGGGUUAUGACGCCGCCUGUGAUAUCUGGAGUCUGGGCGUUCUCCUCUACACCAUGUUGGCAGGGUACACACCAUUCGCCAACGGACCCAAUGACACGCCAGAGGAGAUUCUGUUACGCAUCGGCAGUGGAAAAUUCUCUCUUAAUGGAGGAAACUGGGAUUCAGUGUCAGAUUCCUCAAAGGAUCUGUUGUCUCAUAUGCUGCAUGUGGACCCUCAUCAGAGAUACUCCGCAGAACAGGUACUGAAACACUCGUGGAUCUCCUGCCGGGAGCAGAACCCUCACUUUCAGCUCACCCGCCAUGAAGCGCCGCAUUUAGUCAAGGGAGCGAUGGCUGCCACAUACUCUGCGCUAAACCACAAGACCUGUAAACCAGUUCUGGAACCUGUGGCGGCCUCGAGUCUGGCUCAGCGCAGGAACAUGAAGAAGCUGACAUCUACAGACAUGUCCUGAACAGAGACGUGUCAAGAUCACUGUGUCCCCCUCCAUAUGUCCCCUCACUGAGCAGUUCCUCUCAGAGUCCUCACACACAAUGCUGCAGGGAGGAAACAGUCUCUCUAUAACAGCACCAGCUCUUCUGUCAUUUCACAACUGCUGGAUCUGAAGUGUCACUGAGCAGGUUUAAUGUUUUUUCUUCUUUUUGGAAUUCUCCUGUUUCCUGAGAAUUCAUCUCUAUUUGGGUGAAUCUCGUGAAAACUUGCAGGUCAUAUUUCACCCCACAGUUGAAAUAAUAAUGAAAAUAAAUCACAUUUUCUAUUGUGCAUAAAGGAUUUUUUUUUUCAUUGUGACAUUUACAUAAAAUUACUGUAAUGCAAGAAUAAAAAAACUAUUUUUGCUAUAAUACAGUCAUUAUAGUGAUCCUGUUCAGACACAUUAAAAUCAGGAAAACAAUUAUGUGCAACAAACACCACCAUGAUGUAUAAAACUUUUUCAUAAUAAAUAAAAAUAAAAAUGUAGAUAGGAUUCUAUUACAAAAAUGAAAAAUGAUUUUUGUCGAAUAGGAGGGUUUGAAUGUGCUUAAUUGUAAUGGAAUUAUUGUCACAAUGUAAAAAAAUAAUUAUAUUUCUUUUUGUGCAAAAUAUAAAUAUACAUCUGAAAAAAUUAGUUUAUUUUUGGGGUGCGAUAUUUUGUAUUUUUUAUUUUAUUUUUUAACCCCCUUUUCUCCCAAUUUGGAAUGCCUAAUUCCCACUACUUAGUAGGUCCUCGUGGUGGUGCGGUUACUCGCCUCUAUCCGGGUGGCGGAGGACAAGUCUCAGUUGCCUCCACUUCUGAGACCGUCAAUCCGCGCAUCUUAUCACCUGGCUCUUUGUGCAUGACACCGCGGAGACUCCGCAUGUGGAGGCUCAUGCUACUCUCUGUGAUCCACGCACAACUUACCACAUGCCCCAUUGAGAGCAAGAACCACUAAUCACGACCACGAGGAGGUUACCCCAUGUGACUCUACCCUCCCUAGCAACCGGGCCAAUUUGGUUGCUUAGUAGACUUGGCUGGAGUUACUCAGCACACCCUGGAUUCGAACUCGCAACUCCAGGGGUUGUAGUCAGCGGCAGUACUCGCUUAAGUUACCCAGGCCCCCUGGGGUGCGAUAUUCUUGACCGUUUUUGUGUGAUUUACCCAUUUUGGAUGGAUUAACCACUUUGUGUCCUGUCAGAGGUAUCAUGUUAGUGUUGUUGGGCGGACGCCUGAUGUGUGAAUCACGUGACGUUACCUCAAGCAACCAGUGUUACACGUUUCUUUAGCUUGAUGUGUAUAAAGUGUCAUUCGUCAUGAUCAUGUUUGUGUGUAUCCUUGAGCACAUUUGCACUGAAGCUCGGCAAGUCGUCGCUUAUGCGAGAUGUUUCCUCUCCCUCCAUCUGCUCCUCUGUCUCAGACCGCUCUCUGCCUUUUGUUGAAUGAGAUGUACAUGAGCAAAAGGUGAAGAAAUAAUUCUAUAUUUAUAAAUCUGAAGAGGUGAAUGAAUCCAUGAAGAGAGCUGGGUGGGGAGUGAUCUCACUACUCCAGAUGGAGGAAAAUAUUUAGUAAACCUCUUUAAAGACAUUGUGGAAAUUGUAUCAUUGUAUUUAUUUCGUUUAUUUUUAAAAUCACAUUUUUUCUUUCAGGUUAUGUACAUAUUGACAUUAAAGAACAUUAUUGA